GCGCGCCCCCCACCCCCCCGCGCGGCCCCGUGCCCUGUGAUCGCGAGUGCUGUAUGUCUGUAUGUGGACGCGACUUCCGCAGCCGAAGCGCGGCGGCGCGAUGAUCGCGCGACACCGCCGCACGCACUGACGGAUGCGAUUUGUCGCACGCGACGUUACCUGCGACUUGCGGGUUUCAGUGUUGACCACUUUUGAAGUGAUAAGUACGACGUACUGAUAAUACGCCGAUGUUUAUUGACAAACCGACCGCAGUGUAAUACAUAUACGGUUUAGAUAGAAUUGAAACAAAUUAAAAGUGAGCGAUUUUGAAGUGUAUUUAAUUAGUUUAAAUAGUGUUAACCGACGGACUUUUGAGGGAUAAUUUCAAGAAUGGAUAAUAUUUACGGAGAGAUUUCAUGACAAUCUAGUGCAAAGAAACAUAUUCAGAUCCUAUUACGACGAGCGCGCGGUAGUGGAGCGUGCGCGACCAUGUGCGCGUGCGGGUGGCGACUGCACGCGCUCACCGCCGUGCUGGUACUCGCCGCACACCUCAUCAAAGUGUUGUCGUGCGGCGAGGCGAGCGGCGGCGGGGGCGGGGCCCGGCUCGUGAAGCGCUACGUGGGGCUCUACACGGGGCCCUACUUCGACCCCUCCGCGCCCAACAACAUCACCACGCAACUCGGCACCCACGCCUACCUGCCCUGCAAGGUGCGGCAGCUGAGCAACAAGUCAGUGUCGUGGAUCCGGCGGCGUGACGCGCACAUCCUCACCGUGGACCGUUUCACCUUCAUCGCCGACGAACGCUUCCAGGCGUUCCUCGUCGAGGCCACGGACACUUGGACCCUACAGGUGAAGUACGUGCAGGCGCGCGACGCCGGCGUCUACGAGUGCCAGGUGGGCACCGAGCCCAAGAUGAGCCACUUCGUGCAGCUCAACGUUGUUGUGCCAAAAAUCGAGAUCGUGGGCGAGUCGGACCUGUACGUGAAGGCCGGCAGCACGGUGAGCCUCAAGUGCGUGAUCACGCAGGCGCUGGAGGAACCCGCAUACAUCUUCUGGUACCACAACGACGAGCGCGUCCUCAACUACGACAAGAGCCUCGUCGAGAUACGGAUGGAGCGCGUCGCGCCAGACACCACGGUGGGCAACCUGAUCAUCUACAGUCCGCGGCGCGAGGACUCCGGCAACUACUCCUGCUCACCCUCCAACCUCGACUCCGCGUCCGUGGUGCUGCACGUGCUCAGCGGCGAGCAACCGGCGGCCAUGCAGCACGGCAACGGCGGCGCGCGGCCCCGCCCCGCGCCCGGCGCGCUGCUCGGCGCCGCCUCGCUCGGCGGGACGAUCGCUGGGACGCUCACCGCGCGAACAUCGCGCCGAGCACUCCUACUCAUCGCCGCCGCGCUCCUCUUUCCAGUGCUGUGCCACGACGAGGAGGAGCCCAAAUAGCGGGCCGCCGACAUGUGGCGCGCCGCCGUCACGCUCGGGGCGCGUCAUGCUCGGCA